GCCACAUCUUUUGCCGCUUCCAUCCAUGGUGGAGACCCAGCUUCGAGUUCUGACGCUAAAUUGCUGGGGCCUGAAGUACGUCUCUAAGAAUCGCGUUGAGCGCAUCCGAGCCAUCGCCAGUGAGCUCAGCAAUGCCGACUACGACAUUAUAACGCUGCAGGAGCUGUGGGUGUUCUCCGACUACGUGCAUGUCAGGGAAUCCGUGUCGAAGCGUCUGCCUCACUCCAAAUUUUUCUAUAGUGGAGCACUCGGUUCUGGCCUGGCCAUAUUCACCCGGUUUCCUAUUAUUGCGACCUCAGUACAUCCUUAUUCCUUAAGCGGGGCACCCAUCGAUGUUAUUGCUGGCGACUGGUUCGUUGGCAAGGCUGCCACAAGCGUGGUCAUUUUACAUCCUGUCUUGGGCCAGGUUCAGAUAUUUAACACACAUCUUUUUGCCAAGGGAGGAGAAGAGGGACCCGAGCAUAAUAGAGCCCAUAGGCUCGCUGCGGAACUCGGACGCUACGUGGUUGCGGCAGGCGACUUCAACAGCAUCCCGACGACAUUGCCCAUGACAAUCAUUCGAGACCACGCCUCGCUGCAUGAUUCAUGGGCUGUGACACAUCCCAGUCUUCCGUCUUCAAGUAUUAUACCUCCACCACAUGAGGCCAUCACCAAAUUUGGCGUAACCGCCGACUCGCCCAUGAAUUCCUACUCGGCUGGAAAACCCUUAGAUCCACUGGAUUACAUAUUCUACCGUCAACCCGUGCGGCCGUCGUCGAUUCUUCAGCUGAAAUGUACCGAUUGCAAGGUGGUCCUCACUCACAAGGUUCCUGGAACGCCCCAUUCCUUUUCGGAUCAUUUUGGGCUUGAAGCAACUUUAGAAAUUCAACAAGAGGAUGCUGCGCCUCAUUGGGCGCAUGUUAUCACUUUUUCUCGCUAUCGCGCACGCCGCGAGCUAUAUGUGUUUGGCUUAUGUCUGGUUAUCCUCGUCGCCAUCGUUAUUGGCUCGUCAUGGCUACCUCAUCCCUGGAUCAAUCCCAUAUUUUUAGUUUUUACUAUCUUCAUUGCCUGGUUGGCGACGACAAUGCUCUAUGAAGGAUUCCUGUAUGGUCAAUGGGAGUGCAACGCACUCAUGAACGUUGUAGAAGAGCUGGAGAUAUAUAAAAAGGGACUUGAGAUACGACUUGGGGCACAAUCGUAGCACCUUUCGUUAGAAUGUACUUUACCAGGAUUUGGUUUUGGCUAGGAUGUGUAUGAUAAUGUAGUUAGAUGCAGUUGUUUGGACUAGAAGGCCACUUGAUAAAUAGUGACGCAUGUUUUCUGCUGAC